AUGUAUUCAACCUACAAGCACAUCUUUAAACAAAUGAAUGAUAUAAUGCAGGAUCCUAUCAUCACUGAAUUUUUAUCAGUCAAAUAGAUUGAGGGCAAUAUUCCUGACAGAAAGAACAUUAUCAAAUUUGGAUUGAUACUCAAAUAAUUAGAUUAGUUUGUGAAAGAACAAAUGAUAAUUGAAUAAAAAAUAAAAGGCAAACUAUUAGCUAUCAUUAAAUAUGACAAGUCCUUUCCUAAAUUUGUGAAUUUCAUCCAAAUUAUCAAUAAUGAGUAUACUAUCGAAUUUUCAUAAGCACAUCUUGAUGAACUUAGUCAUAUUACCGAUAGUCACACUGAUGACUUGUACUCUUUAUAAGAUAUCAUCUAUGAAGUAGUGAAAAGAAUUAAAACCAGAGUAAACAUUGAGCAUCUCAAAUAUUUGCUAGAUUAAUAAAUUUAGCAUCCAAUAUCAACUAAACUCUAUCAAAUUAAUCAGCCUCCUACUUUAAUCUAUUUAUUAUAGCACAACGAGAGAAUAAUAUUCAUUUUAAUUGCUGUUUGCAAUCAAGAGCAGAUUCCCUUACCUUGUUUCAUUAAUUGUUUAUAUUUGACUGGAGAUCAGAUGAAAUUGAGAAUAGAUUAGAAUCUAGAAAGAACCAUAUUGUCAAUAGUGUAAGUAAAGAAGGUGGCUGAAGAAUUAGGAUAUAAUAAUGUAUCAUUAGCAGAGCAAGGCCUUUUAGAAUUAAAAUUACAAUAUUACAAGCAAUAUUUAGAGAUACCUGAAUAAGAUUUGAUUGAUUCAACAUUAUCCGUUCUCGUAAUGAAAGGAAUUGAAGUCAAUUAAAGUCAAAUCAGAAAUUUGCUGACUUAAACAUCAAAAAUCUAGAAUUCUCCUUAAAUCAAUCGAUUAAAAGCUCUGUUCAAUUAAUUAUUAGAGACUUCCUAAUAAAUGACUGAGAGAAGAUAACAAAAUAGAAAUCAUAAAGUCAAUAUUGUCAUUGUAUUGAAGGAAGUAAUAGCCAAAAUGAUAAAGGAUAAAACUGGAUUUCCGUAAAUAAUAAACUUGAUAAAAUUAAGAAAUGGAAACCUUAAAUUUGAUACUUCUGAUACAUCAUUAAGGAAAUAUUUUUAAUUCAUCUAAAAACCUCUGAUUGACCUUUAUAGCGUAACUAGUUUCACUUAAUUAAACAAUUUUUGUAGAACAUCAGUCCUAAACCAAACAGCAUAUUGUGAAGCUGAGGUAAUUGAGAAAAUGCUUGAGUUAGUGUAUUAGGAGCGUUCAAAAUAUUUGGUUGAUUUAAAAACCAUAUUUGAGGAGUCAAAAUAAACUAGCAAUAGUUUACUUAUGAUUCUCAGUAUUUGUCAAGAGAAAUCUAAUAAACCUGUGGAGAAGACAGAUAAAAAUGAGAUCUUAUAUUCAAUAAAAGUUCUGAUAGAAUCCUUAUUGUAGUAUACUGAGAAAAACAAAAUAAUUGAUCUUGAUAGCGAUGAAGAGUUGAAAAAAUAAUAGAAGAUAUGA